UGUAUGUGUGUGUGUGUAUUCAUUUCACGAUUGCCAGCUGGGCGGCUCCGAAUAAUAGAAGCUACGACAAGAUUUUCCAGAGUAAUUGCAGUGUAUCCAGUGUUCCAGUGCAGUAUCCCAGUCGCCACACUUGUUUCGUCAACCCCCGUUUCGUCUUCACCAUUCCUUGAAGAGAGGCGAGGAGCAGGCGCGGGCGCGAGAGUGCCCUAUGUGGCUGACCCCGUGCCCACGACCAUGAAAGUGGACGCCGACGCCCGAGAGCCCGCCGCGCCGCUGGCGGCGCCGGGGACGCCGACCGCUAGUAAUACUGAAUCGCCUGUGUCAUCCCUGGACGACUGCCGGUCGGUGCAGGAACCUGAGACGAUCCCGACGCCCGCCCGGGCGCUACUAGCCAAGCUGGAGGAGGAAAACCGGCGCAUUGAGGCAGACGCGAAGAGCGCCUCCCUCCCCACGGUCCAUAGUCGGAAAAGUUCCGACACUUCACAGAUAUCGCUGUUAUCGGCGACGAGUUCAAGUCAUGAGGUGGAGCCGAGGGCAAGCUGCAGUAGCAGCAGCAGCAGCAACGGGACCGGCGAGGAGGACCUCUGGGGUCUGUGGGGCCGUAUCGUCAGUAAUUGGGAGACCGAGUGGAAGCGGCGCAACCAGUUCGUCCGGGACCUGGUUCGCCAGGGGGUGCCACACCACUUCCGCGGCAUCGUGUGGCAACUCCUGGCCGGUGUCGACUCGUCUCCGGAGAAAAAGCUUUACGCGACGUAUAUUAAAGCCAAGUCUGCUUGUGAGAAGGUGAUACGUCGCGAUAUCGCCCGUACAUACCCCGAGCAUGAUUUCUUCAAAGAAAAAGACGGACUGGGCCAGGAGUCUUUGUUUAACGUCAUGAAAGCGUACUCGCUCCACGACCGGGAGGUCGGAUAUUGCCAAGGGUCCGGAUUUAUUGUCGGGCUUCUCCUUAUGCAAAUGCCCGAAGAAGAAGCGUUCGCUGUCUUAGUGAACAUAAUGCAACAGCAUAGAAUGCGCGAUAUGUUUAAACCCAGCAUGGCUGAACUAGGCCUUUGCAUGUUCCAGCUUGAGAAAUUAGUUCAAGAGUUGCUUCCAGAGUUGAACGCACAUUUUACGGCUCAGAGCUUUACUACUUCAAUAUACGCAAGCAGCUGGUUCCUUACCUUAUUUACUACAACAUUGUCCUUACCACUGGCAUGUAGGAUCAUGGAUGUCUUCUUAUCUGAGGGCAUUGAGAUAGUUUUUAAGGUCGCACUAGCUAUGUUAACUCUUGGCGAAUCACACAUGUUGUCUUUGGACAUGGAAAAUAUAUUGAAGUUUAUUCAAAAAGAGUUGCCCGCGAAAGCGGAAGCAGAUCAAGACGCAUUCAUGGAUCUGGCUUAUUCAAUCAAAGUUAACCAAAAGAAAAUGAAAAAGUAUGAAAAGGAGUAUACGGUGAUAAAGACGAAAGAACAGGGUGACAUGGCAGUAUUAAGAUGUCUCCGGCAAGAAAACAGGCUGUUGAAGCAGCGCGUUGAGUUGCUGGAGAAGGAAAGUUCAUCUUUAGCGGAGCGGCUGGUCCGAGGACAAGUGGACCGCGCGGAGGGCGAGGAGGAGACGUUCGCGCUGUCCCGCGAGGUGCAGGCGCUCCGGCGGGCCAACGUCGACGCGCAGCACAGGCUCGCCGUCGCCCAGGACGAGAUCCGCUCGCUGGAGAUGACCAUCGCCGAGGUGCGUAACAACUCGCGUCAGUCUUCGCUGGAGGGCACCGAAGGCAACAGCGCCAAGGGCGAGGAGUUGGCGCGGUGCCUGCAGCGCGAGCUGGUCCGCGCCCGCCUGGACGCGGCCGAGCGGGAGGCGACCGAGCGGGAGCUGCUGUCGCGGAUCGCCGAACUCGAGAGCGAGCACAAAAGCUUGCGCCGCCAGCACGUCGACAACAAUGUCGCGCACCUCCAGGACGAGCUGAUCGCUGUAAAACUGCGAGAGGCUGAAGCAAACCUCUCACUGAAAGAACUACGCCAACGUGUCACUGAGAUAUCCGAAACGUGGCAAAGAUAUCUUCAGGAGCACCGGCAAGAAGCGCCUCCUCCGCCAGCGCAGUCUAAUGUGGUCUCGGACAUAAUGGCCACUCCGAAAAAGUUGUUACGAGCAUGGGAAGGACGUUCGGCUGAUGCUCAAAAGUUAGAUGAGGAACUCAUGAACACCAGAAUUAGAGAGGUGGAAGCUUUAACAGAACUAAAGGAACUUAGAUUAAAGGUGAUGGAGCUGGAGACCCAGGUGCAGGUGUCGACGAACCAGCUCCGGCGGCAGGACGAGGAGGCUCGCCAGCUCCGCGAAAGCCUGGAGGCGGCUCUGCUGCGCGAGCGCACCCUCCAGUCGCGCCAGAGAGAAUACCAGCAUAAGUUCGCCGACCUGGAAAGCAAGGCCAAGUACGAUUCUAUGCAAGCCAACAUUAGAAAUAUGGAAGACGCUCAAAGAAUAGCAGAACUCGAGACGGAGGUUUCAGAAUAUAAACUAAAAAACGAAGUGAUGGCCACUGAAGGCGAGCUUCGUAACAACAACAUGGACGACUCGGACAAAGUUCGCGAGCUGCAGGAACAAGUCGCUGAACUCAAAGCCGAGUUUCCCACAUCGACCACCACUCCGGAGAGUGAGCCCUGGAUGGCUCGAGUGAUGAGGCUAGAAGCGUGGCGCGCGCGCGCUCAGGGUCACCCGGAGCUGAUCCGGGCCAUCUCCGUGGAGGAGGACCUGGAGGAGGACGACAAGCUGAAGCUGAUCCUCCGGCGCGAGUCCUCCGCGUCGCUGGACCUCCCCCCGACCUCGCGCAAACCCGCGUAGCGCUCGCCUCGCACCCGCUUGACAUACGCUACUUGAUAGCCGACUCACACGAUUGUGACCGAAUGAAGUGUCUCUAUCCCAACUGAUUCUGAAAAAUAUCCAACAGAAUGUGCGUACUUACACACGAAUGCAGCUACUAGCGUCAAGGUCAGUUGAAAGUAUAUUGAAUGAGCCAUUUUUCUGCCGAUAUUGGUCUCGCAGAGAGGUGAUCUCAAUCGGACUAUUUACAAACCGAUCCCACUGGUGAUUUGCUUCACGGAGUCUUCCGAUUUUGUUUGUACGAAUACUAAUGACACCAUUUAUCCUACUCUUCCAUUAGCCCCUAAAGUAAUGUCAUAUUACUCUCCUCCUCCUCCUACUUAACUACCUCCUGUUUCUUUACUAACUAUUAUUUUGUAUGUAGUACAGACAGCGUAUAGUUCGUGACAGCCAAAGUGGCAAAAAGUUGACAACACAACCUUAUUCGAUCGAUAAAGACGUGUUGAGUAGAUACUUAUUGACUACUUUGGGUGUCACGAACUAUUUGACGCUGACUGUACUACAUUCUGAUGUCGUCAUUAGCUAAAACAUACACGUAAACUGCAAAAUAACUAAAAUACGGUGAUAAUAGGUUCUGAAGCACUGCUGGCAGUGAUAAAGCUAAUCACAGUACCUAGUACCUACAGAGAUUUUACGUCAAGCAGUUUCACUAAAGCUGAAGUAUCGCUUUUCCUACAUAUUUGCGCAAUAAAGCCUGAAUUCAAAGAGAUAUUUUGAACAGUCGCCUAAUUUUCAGAAAUGGUUCUAGAUAUUCAAAUGAUGUUUCGGAACUUGUCGGCUAUCAACAAUUUUUUACUUAUCAUUACUUAUAC